UGUGGUUCCUCCUACACUAACAACGCCAUGUAGCGAACACAAAGAGAGAGAGAGAGAGAGAAAGGGAAAAGAAAAGUCUUUGCAUAAAAUGAGUCAGUCCCCUGAACCCAGAAAAAAAGGGGGCAAAAUGUGAAGAGAACUCCUCACGAGGAAUUGAUUUUUAUUAAUAUUUUGUUCUCUUUUUCAAUUUGGGUCUUUAUCGGAUUGGAUUGGAUUGGAUUUGGGUUGCCAACUUUUACUAUUAAUUCCUUGGAAUUUGGCCGAGUUCUAAUCCCGAUUGCCCCUUUCCAUUGUUGGUGUUCUGUUUAAUUUCAUUGGUUUUUGUUCUUCUUUUUGCAAUUUUAUUAUUGGGAAAACUUCCGAGCAGCGAUGUUCCGAUUCGAGCAGGAGAAGCUCCGAAAACGUAUUUGAUAUUUCCCUAUACCAUUCUUUGAUCACUUGAAUUUGUUCAGUGCUCUUAGGGUCUGAUAUGGCUGAUGCUCACUUUGUCAUGCCGGCAUUUGUGCUACGAAACCUCUCUGAUAAACUCUAUGAGAAACGGAAGAACGCUGCUCUUGAGGUUGAGGGAGUUGUGAAGCAACUUGCGUCGGCUGGAGAUCAUGAGAGGAUUACGGCAGUUAUUAAUCUGCUGACCAACGAAUUCACUAUGUCUCCUCAAGCGAAUCAUAGAAAGGGAGGAUUGAUAGGACUUGCAGCUGCAACUGUUGGCUUGACUUCCGAUGCGUCCCAACAUCUCGAGCAAAUUGUACCUCCUGUGCUCAAUUCUUUUUCUGAUCAAGAUAGCAGAGUACGAUAUUAUGCAUGUGAAGCUCUAUACAACAUUGCAAAGGUUGUUAGAGGGGAUUUUAUAGUUUUCUUUAACCAGAUAUUUGAUGCCUUAUGUAAGCUUUCAGCUGAUUCAGAUGCCAACGUACAAAGUGCUGCUCAUCUAUUAGAUCGACUUGUCAAGGAUAUCGUUACUGAAAGUGACCAGUUCAGCAUCGAAGAGUUUAUUCCAUUGCUGAGGGAGCGUAUGAAUGUCCUAAAUCCAUAUGUCCGUCAGUUUUUGGUUGGAUGGAUCACUGUACUUGAUAGUGUGCCAGAUAUCGAUAUGCUGGGUUUUCUUCCUGAUUUUCUUGAUGGCUUGUUUAAUAUGUUGAGCGAUUCAAGUCAUGAAAUCCGGCAACAAGCUGAUUCUGCUCUUUCUGAGUUUCUCCAAGAGAUCGAGAAUUCUCCAUCUGUAGAUUAUGGCCGAAUGGUUGAGAUUCUUGUCCAGAGGGCUUCUUCUUCAGAUGAAUUUACUCGCUUAACAGCCAUUAUAUGGAUUAACGAGUUUGUGAAACUUGGUGGAGAUCAACUAGUACCUUAUUAUGCAGAUAUUCUAGGAGCAAUUCUACCUUCCAUAGCCGACAAAGAAGAGAAGAUUAGAGUGGUUGCUCGGGAAACCAAUGAAGAACUUCGCAAUGUCAAGGCAGCUCCAUCCGAAGGAUUUGAUGUAGGUGCUAUCCUUUCUAUUGCUAGGAGACAACUAUCUAGUGAACACGAGGCUACUAGGAUUGAAGCAUUGCAUUGGAUAUCAACACUUUUAAACAGACAUCGAACUGAGGUCUUGAUCUAUUUGAAUGAUAUACUUGACAGCCUUCUUCAAGCCCUAUCUGAUUCUUCUGACAAGGUAGUUCUCCUUGUUCUUGAUGUUCAUGCUUGCAUAGCAAAAGAUCAGCAACAUUUUCGCCAACUUGUUGUCUUCCUAGUGCAGAAUUUUCGGAUCAAUAAUUCUCUUCUGGAGAAGCGUGGUGCAUUGAUAAUACGCCGCUUAUGUGUACUUUUAAAUGCUGAACGGGUCUACCGUGAGCUUUCUACAAUAUUGGAAGGAGAAUCAGAUCUGGAUUUCGCUUCUAUUAUGGUUCAGGCACUCAAUUUGAUUUUGCUGACUUCCUCUGAGUUAUCUGAUCUUCGAGAUCUUUUAAAGAAAUCAUUGGUGCAUGCAGCUGGGAAGGACCUAUUUGUUUCUUUAUAUGCAUCAUGGUGUCAUUCCCCGAUGGCUAUUUUAAGUCUUUGCUUAUUAGCACAGACAUACCAGCAUGCAAGUGCAGUGAUUCAGUCUUUGGUGGAGGAAGAUAUUAAUGUGAAAUUUUUAGUUCAGCUGGAUAAACUGAUUCGCCUUCUGGAGACUCCAGUCUUUGCUUAUCUAAGAUUGCAGCUUCUUGAACCUGGAAGAUAUAUAUGGCUGCUAAAAGUAUUAUACGGUCUUCUAAUGUUACUUCCCCAGCAAAGUGCUGCCUUUAAGAUACUGCAAACACGUCUGAAAACAGUGCCUCCAUACUCAUUUAGUGGUGAGCACUUCAAGCAAUUAUCAUCUGGGAACUCCUACUCCACCCUAAUGCACAUGUCUGGGUUGAAUAUAAAUGAAGAUGGUGAUGUAAGCCAAAAUGCUGGGAACUCUCAUAAUGGAAUUGACUUUGCUGCUAGGCUACAACAGUUUGAGCACAUGCAGCAUCGACAUCGCUUACGUUCAAAAGAGCAGACACUGUCACGGACCAGUCCUCCGCCUCAGCUGAAGGAAGUUAAGAUCCCAGAAGAAACCAGGCAGUCAGGCUCAGGUGAAGGAGCAGAAAUAAAUAGGCCUCCUUCAAGAUCAUCAAGGAGAGGGGCUGGGCAAUUAUAGUUAUGAUUAUAUAUGCUUGCCUCCAUUAUAUAUAUAUAUAUAUAUAUACACAGUGGGGUCUCAGUGAUGGUAGUUUGUAAAAUUGUAUAUCAUAGUAGAGAGUUCGGUUUAAAAAGACAUUCUUCUUUAGCUGUGUGAUUGGGGACGGCUAGUUUAUUAAAACAAAAAUUGAGAUGAGCUCAGUUUUUGGCUGAGAUAAUGUUUUUUUUUUCUUUUUCACUUUGUAAAAGGGGAUAUUUUGACCCAUGUGGUUGUGUUCUUUUUUUUGUUGAAGCCAUUAUGGGUAAAAGAGGGGGAAAGUACUUAGAAGAAGAAGAAGAAGAAGAAGAAGAAGAAGAAGAAGAAGAAGAAGAAGAAGGUUCAGUUCUUCGUUUUUUUUUUUUAAUAUUUUUAUUUGUUUUGCUUGUUUGUCGGCCUUGUAACAAUCUUCUUGAAUAAGUUGAAGCUAAUUCAUGUACAGACACUUCUGGUGGGUGUUAUUGUUAUUUACUUCUUCAGCCAAUGCUUCUUCCAAUCAA